CAAAUAAAUAUUUAUAAAAUCAUACGUAAGCAAUUGUCAGCUUAUUUGACCUCUUCAUCAAAAGUAAAUAAAUUAACAUAAAUGAUUUUUAAUUUUUUAAUGUGAAUGUGUUCUUUGAAAAUCGAACCAUUUACAAGCGAAUGAACUAAUUAUAUUUUGGGAAUGUAAACGUAAAAAGUAAGAAAUUCGAAUUUAGGGAAGCUUAGUGCUUUUCGAUAUUUUUUAUUAAAGUUUAAAUCUAAAUAAAUUUGUGUUUGUAAAGUCUGCCCUAUAUCCUGCUUAUCAGUCAGUUUAACGUUCAAGAACAGGUAAUAAGAUGAGUAAUAAAAAAAAUGAAGAGGUUAAAAAACACGCUCGUAAGAGAGUUUUCUGCGAUUAUGUAAAAUCUUUUUUACUAAAAAUCUUCUUAUUCACACGAUAUUACGUAGAUAUUUUAAUAGAUCGCGUAUUUGGGUAUUUUAAUGAUUCAAAAAGAGUACCAAUUAAAAAAUGCACAAAUCCCAUAAUACUAGAAAGCGCUACAGCGCUAGCAAAAAAAAUAAGGAAAAGAGAAUAUACGUCUGAACAAGUUGUACAGGCGUUCGUCGACAGGAUAAAGGAAGUUAAUCCUAUUUUGAACGCGCUCGUGGACUCGAGAUAUGAAGCUGCUUUAGAGGAAGCUAGAAAAAUCGAUGAGGGAAUCAAUAAUGGUACCAUUUCCUACGCCGAUUUCAGGAGAAAACCAUUUUUAGGUGUACCGUUUACCACUAAAGAAUCAAGUGCUGUUAAAGGUUUAUCUUUUACUCUUGGAAUCGUUAAAAGGAAGGGAAGGAAAGCUUUGUUCGAUGCUGAUCAUAUAGCGCUUAUGAAACAAGCCGGAGCUAUUUGUUUAGGGGUAACUAACGUGCCACAAUUAAACCUGUGGCAAGAAACUCAUAAUCCUAUAUACGGCAUAACCAGUAAUCCGUAUAAUAAUACUAGAAACGUUGGGGGUUCUUCUGGUGGAGAAGCCAGUUUGUUAGCUGCCGGAGGUACACCGAUUAGUCUUGGUACGGAUAUUGGGGGUUCCAUCAGAAUUCCCGCUUUCAUGUGCGGCGUCUUCGGCCACAAACCCACUUCGCAUCUAAUUUCGACGAAAGGUACCACUUUCAGACUUGGUACCGAAGCACAAACAAUCGUGGUUAUGGGCGUAUUGGCGAGACACGCCGUGGAUAUAACGCCUUUGUUGAAAGUUUUGACGGACGUUAACUCCUCGAAAUUGAGACUCGACGAGUCGGUUAACGUCGGAAAUGUCAAAAUUAAUUAUAUAACGGAUCCAAAAGACGUUUUCGUUAGUCCCUUUCGAAAGGACAUGACGAAAAUAUUCGGCCGUGUUGUGAAUUAUUUUCGUGAAAUAUCCAGUACGGAACCUGAGGAAUUGCAUUUAGAAGGUACUAAAUAUAGUGGAAAGUUAUGGAAAUACUGGAUGUCUCAAGAAUCUGGUGUGGAUUUUAUGAAAGACAUUACAGAUCGUACAGGGAAGGCACACCCUGUGAUAGAUACGAUCAAAUAUUUCACUGUAGGUAACGAUUACACGUUAUCGACGAUAUUUAACUUUAUAAAUAAAUUAUUACCUUGCCCCAAAGACGAAUGGGCGAAAGAAGAAACAGAAAAAUUAAAAAAUCAACUCAUAGGUAAAUUAGGUACUAACGGUGUUCUUCUGUAUCCUUCGGCGCCGUUUACUGCUAGUUACCACCACGCUUCGUAUUUACGACCGUGGAAUUUUAAUUUUUUCGUACUAUGGAACGUACUCAAGUUUCCGGUGACACAAGUACCAUUGGGGUUGAGUGACGGUUUACCUGUUGGUAUCCAAGUUGUAGCGGCGCCGUACCAAGAUCAUUUGUGUAUAGCCGUGGCUAAAGAAUUGGAAAAAGCUUUUGGUGGCUACGUGCCUCCUUUCGAGACGAGUUAAAUACGAAAUUUUUUUUUAGGGAUUGUGUAUGGGGAUGGUUUUUUUAGAAUUGAAAUAAAUUAUUAAAUUGGAA